AUGAGCGCUGCACCGAGCGGGCGCAGGAAGCGCCCCCGCUCCGCCGCCUCCAUCUUCCAGGGCAGCAGGACCUCGCCGCACGGCCGCGACAGCGAACGCCAGGGCAGCGGCUCCGAUAGCGCCUACCAGACCCAGAGAACCCUGGACGACUGUAAGACGCUUGUCCAGGAGUUCAAUACCCAGGUGGCUCUCUAUCGGGAGCUGGUCAUUUCUAUUGGGGAUGUCUCAGUCACCUGUCCUUCUCUGCAUGCGGAAUUGCACAAAACUCGAACCCGAGGAUGUGAGAUGGCCUAUCAGGCUCAUCAAAAACUAGCAGCAAUUUCUGGCCCAGAAGAUGGUGAAAUCCAUCCUGAAAUCUGUAGACUAUAUAUCCAGUUGCAGUGUUGCUUAGAAAUGUACACAACAGAAAUGCUGAAGUCCAUAUGUCUGCUGGGAUCACUGCAGUUUCACCGGAAAGGAAAAGAACCUUGUGGCCCACCCAAGAACUUAGAUACUAAAGUGGAGGAGAGUUCUGAAGUACCUAUUUUAGAAGACACGUCAUUAUCACCAACAGAUAUUCAACAACAUCUAUGGCAGGUUUCCACAGAUAUUGAAAACACUGAAAGAGAUAUGAGAGAAAUGAAGAACCUUUUAAGUAAACUCAGGGAGACUAUGCCUUUACCACUGAAAAAUCAAGAUGAUAGCAGCCUCCUAAACUUGACUCCAUACCCACUGGUAAGAAGACGGAAGCGAAGAUUCUUCGGGUUGUGUUGUCUUGUCUCAAGUUAGAAGAUUAAGCACAGGAGUACCAAGGAGAUAAUGACUUUGAUUAAACCACUAUUAUUUGAUGACUGAAAAGAUGAAAGUGGCUAAUAUUGAUUAUAAAGUAUAUUUUCUACACUAAGCUAUUAAUUUUUGCCUUCUGCUCCAUCCUCCUUUUCAAAUAAGGGUUUUAAUACUUUCAAGUCUUGAAAGGCUGUGGAACAGAUCUAGCGUAUUUAAAACUUUUUAAAGUAUGUUUUGCAUGCUUACUUUCAGUCACUCAAAGAAGACACAAGAAUUAUGAUUCAUAGAUAAUUUUAGAGGGUUUUUUAAUUGUUUGAGCCACCGGUAAAAGUCUGUGCAUAGUACACUACUCUUACUUAAUUAUGAUUACUUAAGCAUAGAAGAAGAACAUUUGAUUAUUCUCUCACAGUCUUUAAGCAUAGGAAACUAUUUAAGAGCAAAACUAUUAAGGUUCUAAGACAUUAAAACAAUAUUGUAACAGAAUUUAUGAAAUAUAAUCCAGUUGCUUUUUGUGCUCUCAUUCAUAUUUAGUCUUCCACUGUAUCUCAACUUCAAAGCUUUAUAGAAGAAUACCUUAAUUUAUUAUACAAAAACCAUAUAUGAAAAUAGUUAGGAGUUGUAAAUACAGAGAAAUCAUAAUAUCUACAAACUGUACAAUGCUUAGAAGCAACAGAUUUCCUUUUAAGCCAAUAGUAUAUCUACAAGCUUUUGGAAAAAAAAAGUAAUUUAUUAAAAGAAGGUGUAUUAAAAUAAACAAUGUAAAACACAACACCAACCCAUUUUGUUGCCAGUAGAACUCAAAGCAUGGUGUCUGCAUAUCACUAAGUAUUGAUCUGAUAAGGCAUGCCAGAAUUAUCUCAGACUGUAAGAUAUUAAACAUUUUACAUUGUUAAUAAAGUUUUUUAUUUAAAUUAAACGUUGUCUUGUUUCUAGUUGUUACCAGACUAUGUAUUUUUUUCUAAUCAUGUUGUCAGAGUACUGCAUGAAUUUGUGACAAUAUUUCCAUUUCAGCAAGUAUGUUUACAAAGAUUAAAAAGAUAUGCAUGACUAAAUUCUUUAAAUAGCACCAAAAAAGAUAACUUCAGUGUGUUUGAAGAUUUUAGGUCAUGAACUGGCAUGAAUUAGGCAUAAAUAUUGCUAAGCAUCUGAAAUGGGGAGAUCCCUAUGCACACAAAACUAUGUGCUUGUGAGAGCAAAAAACAUUUUUAAAGAGAACGGAAUCAAAGUCCACAGCAUAAUGUUUAAGCACAGUUAAUUCUUUAAAGCUUCCUGCACAUAUCUCAUGAACCUUGUGUUAAUUAAUCAGAGCUGUUGUCUGUAACAGGCAGCACUGACAUGUUUCCACUAGAACUCUCAAAACAGUAGACUCACUCUAUGAUUCCAUCCUCACAGAUACACUAGGUUUUGCAACUCUUAAAAAAACAACUUUGGAAUAUAAAGUUUAAAAAGCUGUUUUGGAAAAACAACUGGUGUCUAAUGGCUAUUAAAAAUAAUGUCUACAAAGUUGAUUAGUAGUUACAAUUAACCAAUUAAUUUUUUUUCAGCAUAAGUGAAAAAGACAGACAUUAAUGCCAGAAAAAAUGUAUGCAUUCAAGACUGAAUGUACAGUGAUGCCAUGAGAAA